AUGUCUAUUAUACCGAAUAUCGUUGUUGUUUUGAUUAUUGUUCAAUUACACCAUACUUUGAUAUGGUCAACAAAAAUCAAUUAUGCUCAAAAUGAAAUUUCCUCUAAAUUGAAUGGUCUUUCAUCAAAUAUUCGAAAGAGUAAAGCAGAUCUUCGUAUUGGUUCGACAAAUUUGUUCGAUACACAUUCAUCAAUAUUUCCAUCAUCGUUAACUACUAUCGAUCCGACAGUAACUGACGGAACCGCUAGUUCAUCAUAUGAAACUCAAUCAAAAGAAACAAGUUCGCCUAUGGAUGUAGAAUCAAGUCUAACAACUCCUAACAUAACAUCCGUUGGAGUGGGCACUAUUGCUAGUAUUACAACUACGAUAGACACUUAUGGGACUGCAGAAAUAACCCAAAAUACUUCAAUCGAUAUGGCAACAACGAUAAAUUCAAAUGUUACAUCGGACGACCAUCAAACUACUAUGCAAUCACUACCAACAUCCGAAAGGAAUUUAGCCUUAAUCCUUGGUCUCACUCUUGGCCUGGCACUUCCAAUAUGUCUUGUCAUAAUUGGUAGUUCGGUAUAUUAUUUCAAAGUAUACCGACCGAAACAUUCUCUAGUUGGUAUCAUCAAUACUUAA